CGCGCGAUUCCGUGAUGGACGGCGCGAACGUGAAUGGCGGGAACGCCGCGGUACCGCGGGAGGAUUCUAACCUCGAAAUUGGCAGCGGCAGCGGCAGCGGCAGCGGCAGCGGCGGCGGCGGCGGCAGUGCUAGUGGUGGUACGGGUACGUCGAUCGUGCCGAUGGUGGAGACGCAGAACUCGAGCGACAAGGCGCAAGUGAUGGCGGGUGGUAACGCGGACGCGCAGGAGGUUAACGGCGAGCUGAGAGGCACGCCGAAGAAGCACGGCACGUCGCUUCCCCGCAGGAGGCUGAGAAAGUUCAAGGCCAACUCUACGGGCACGAUGGAGAUCGACACGGCGGAGGCGCCUGGGACGAGGGGACGCAAGCGCAAGCUCUCGGAGUACGAAGACGCCAGCUCCGAGGGCUCCGAGGAGUUCAACGGCUUCGACUCCCAAGGACUCGAACUUCAACCGGGUAGUCACGUUCUAAACAAACUCAUUGCCGAAGCGGAAAUAGCAGAAGCACAACUAACAAAACGUAUAAAAUAUUCAACGAGGGCUUACGAUGCUCGAGAAAAGAUAGAUGACAAUCACGACUUUGAUGACAUGAGAACGUACGUUUACGAAACGGAUAGUUUUGAACAUUUGGAUAUGACAAAAAUUAAAAAAGAAAAGGAGUCCGAUAAGUCGGAAACAGAUUCUAUUGAUGUACCAAAUAGCAUAGAUUCCGAAGUUGAACCAAACAAAAUUGAUAUAACUUCCAAUAGAUCGGCAAAUUCGUCAUCGGCGGCAAGUAGUCCCUCUGCAACGUCGCAAAGAUCAAAGAGUAGCCUCGUUUCUGGUGGUGCCAGUCCAGGGGGGAAGCAGAAAACUCCUGUUGACAUGUCAAAUCCUUUAUACAAAGAGCCAUUUAAAUACGGAUGGAAACGAGAAUUAGUGUUUAGGGCUAGUCAUGACUCUUCCUUCAAAAAAAUGGCUGAUAUAUAUUACUACACACCAAAGGGGAAAAAGGUCAGGAGUUUUAGAGAAGUUGCAGAAUCUCUUAAUUCAGAGCAGUUGUCUAUGGAAAAUUUCACAUUCUUUAAAGAACCUAUUGGGCUUAAUGAUCCAGAAAAAGAGGUUAUUCGAGAUGCUAAAAGAUCACGAGGAUCUAUGGGUGGAUCUGCAAAGAAAUAUAAUAAAAAAGCUGUAUCAAUAAAGAAGACAGUACAGGAACCUAUAACAAAGAAAUCAGAACCUGCGACGAGAAAAUCGUUAAAUGAACCUAGCACAUCAAGAAAGCAGCCGGCACAAGAACCUCCUACUGCUGCACCUGCACCUCCACCUGCUGAAACUUCAAAAUUUGUUCCUGCGCCUGUGUCAGCACCUACAAAGACAGCUAAAACGGCAAAAGCACCUCCAGCAUAUAAAAGAACAACAACAAAGAAAACUCCUCAAAUAACAGAAAUGAAAUCAACUGAGGAAAGCGAGAUGCUUCCACCUCAGCGGAGUACAGCAAAUACGAGAAGAAGUCAACAACCAGUUGAGAAGGUUAUACCAGUCAAAACCAAAAGAUUGUUAACGCCCAAAGUUCAAGAACCAUGCAGCAUAAGAUGUUCGACAAGUAUGGGAUUAAUACCAAGUUUACAAUGUCGAGUUUGUCUCUGUUUGUAUCAUCCUGAAUGUGUCGACGGUAUGGAAUCUACAGGCAAUGAUGAAUAUGUUUGCAAGAAUUGUCAGCCGGAUACUAAAGAAUCUCACAUGCCAAACAAUCCAUCUUUAACACCACCUCCAUUGAUUCCAAUUAGUAUGUUAGGUGCACAAAAUGCGAAAUCAAAACAUCCAACUAAUUCAUCACCUCCAAAAUUGCAAAGAAUUCCAAAGUCCGAGGGUGCGGAAGCGCAAACAAGAAAUUCUUCCAAAACUACUAAAAUACCAUCUUCAGUAUCAAAUUCACCUUCAACUGUAGACAAAAAGGAAAGUACUUGGUUUCCUCAGACAGAAAAUGAAUUUCUACAAAGUCACGAUGGUACUAUGCCGAAACCAGCUCAAAAUAUUGCUGUAAUGGGUGGCAAAAGAUAUAUUGUAGUACCAAAAAAUAACGCAAUGGCAGUUCAACCAGCUAUAACAGUAAAGCCAGACAAAAUUGGCGAUAAACCGCCAAUGCUUCAAGACAGUCCACUUACCGAUAUUUCGAAUGCUACGGAUAAUUCUGUGGCAAACUUAUGUGCACCUCCACCCUUAAAUACUGAUUUACCUGAAAAAAUAGAUGUUACACCGGAUAAAGAAAUUUUAAAAGAUGUGAUUUAUCAGACGGAUUUAGGAUCUUCUGUUACUACUGAAAUGACUGAAACAUUUAUGUAUGAUAAUAAAGAUAAGGAUAGUAAAAAUACUAAAAGAGAUCCUGUUGAAGAUAAUCCUGUUGAAAAUAUAUUGAAGAUAAUUGAAAAUAUAUCAGAAAACGAAUCUUUUACUGCCAACAUAGAUAAUGUCUCAGAAAAAGAAAAAGCAGAUACAAGUUGUAAAUCACCUGAAAGUAAAUCUGCAUGUAUACCAGUACAUACAGCAAGUAUUACAAGUACUCUUGAAUCAAGUGUGGAAACUGAAACAAUUAAAAUAGAUCAGCAACAACCGUUACCAAGUAAAAUGGGUACAGUAAAAAAAAUCAAAACCAGCAAGAGGAAGCAAAAUCAACAGGAAUUAGAGCAACAGCAAAAUUUCAUGAAUUCAGUUUGCGCCGGUUAUCAUGCCCUUCUACGUAUUUUCCAAUAUCUUAAAGUCCAAGAGUUAUUGCGAGCCGCGCGAGUUUGUAAAAUGUGGCGUGAUCUCGCUGCACAUCCAUCUUUAUGGAAGACUGUACGAAUGAAGAACAGUCAAGUAACUGACUGGGAUGGUCUGGCGGAUACGCUGCAGAGACGUGGCACGCAGCAUUUGGAUCUCAGGAAAAUGCUAGUCGCUGGCGAGUCCGACAACAUCUGGAGGAAAUUCCUGACUGUUAUACCACGAGUGACCAGUCUCGUGAAGCUUGAACUGUGCAGAUGUCCCGUUAUGGUUGUGGAAGAAGUUAUUAAAAGUUGUCCGCAGUUGGAGGUAUUCAGUGCAAUGUCGAUCAAGUGCGACUCCCUCACAUUAGAGUCGAUCGGGAACUUGAGUCGAUGUCAAGAACUCAGACUCAAAGCAAUAACUGGAAUGUCAUUACAACAAGACCUAACGCCUUUACAGGAUUUGAAGCACCUGACGCAAUUGAGUUUAACAUCAGUUAAAGAACUUGGAAAGAAAAAAAUUGACGUUAUACAAUCGUUGACAAAUUUGGAGACGUUAGAAUUGGGCGAAUGCUCCGAUUUUCCUGACAAGUUUGGAACCACCGUUUUAAUCAACUUAAAUAAAUUGGAACGUCUUAGACUUGAGAAAGGUCAAGGAUCUUGUUGUACAUUUGAUAUCCUCGAAGGCGUAUCGAGGUUGGAGAACCUGAGUCAGAUGGAAUUGGUCAAUUUUGAUGUGAAGAAUGGCUUUGACAAAUGUCUUGCUAAUUGCAAAAACAUCAAAAGGUUAUUGAUCAUACCGACUUAUAUAUCGCAAUCGGCAACAUCCAAUAAUAUGGUGCUCGGAGGUGUCACCGAAUUAUCAGACAAUUUGACACAUUUCAUAUGGGGCGUUACGCUCGAGUUACUCAGGGUUACAGAAUUGUUUGUUGAUCAGUGCAACCUCAUGAGUAAACAAGUUACUGGGGAUUCUAUACCAGUUUUAAAACCUGUCCCCUGCUUAAGAUUAAUCGAGGAUGUUGAAGUUGAGAGCGAAAACCAAAUAGGUAACGACAAUCAACAGCCUCAUCAAACGAGUCCGCAAGUGGACAUUUUACCGUUGCCACAAUUGCAGAAGCUUCUUUUGACCGCGUUGCCCAAGACACGAGUAAAGAUCUUAAAAAUUCCUUUCCACGCCACGUGGCGGCAGAGCAUUUCCGAUACCACUACGCAGUAGAAACGAACGAAAUGAUACUGGUACGAAGUCGGAUGAGGCAAACAAGAUUUAAACGUUUGCAAGAGUUGGAGAUUUUUGUAAAUUUGACUCUAGACAAGUAUCCGUGUGCUCCUAUAUCUGCUAUUUUUCGGAUGGAGAAUAACUUAUAUAUUUAUGUAUUAUGAGUUUUAUAAUCUUCAACGAUUAACCCUUGGCAACGUAUCGGUACACACUACGGUAUAUUUAGUAUUUUUGUGAUAAAUACGUGGGACCAUGUAUCAUGCACCAUCUUUGCCACAGGCAAAAUGAUACGAUAAGCUGGUACCCUUGUAUGGGUUAAUUUAAUCAAAUGAAAAAAUUCUGACUUUUAUAUAUAAAUUAUCAUAUAUCACGAUUUUACUUUCUUGAAAGUAAAAGUGUUAUAGAUUCGUAAUAUUGGAAUUGCUGUGAUGUGUACCUGCGUUGAAAGUAAUCGAACAUGAUUAGAUACAAAUUUGAAUAUUUUGAAUUCUUAUGGUAAGAGAUUUAAUGUUUAUAAAAUUUAUACAUAUAAUUGUAACUCUAUUAAUAUGAAGAAAAGCGGAAAGAAUCAUUUUAUUCAAUGCUCCAACGCUGGAAGCACCGGUCUUCUUUUACGAUACCUACAAGAUGAUAUCUAGUAAAAUAAUUACAUUUUAUAAUUUUACUUUACAUAAAAUCAAGUAUAUACUGGAGUAACAGAAAGUAUGGUCGCGCAAUCUAUACGGCUCUAUCUAGAGAUUAGACUGUAUAAAAUAAUGCUAUAUAUAUUAUAAUAUGUGACUGUAUCUCUAUCUUUUAAUGAAUUUAAUGUUUAGGAUACGAGUUUUCCGCUGCAAAGAAACUACGAUAAAAUUUGGGGUAGCGUAGAAUGUGUAAUAUACUUAUUUCAUUGCACAAUACAUAAUCAAAUAUAAUGUUACAGAAACAUUCAUUGAUAUAUACUGAGUACAAAAUGUGUAUAACUAAUAUAAGUUUUCAAUAAUGACUUCUAUACUCUUAA